AUGACUAUCGAGGAGUCUCAAAGCAUUAUGAAUCAGUUGCAGGAGCUCGAGUUCCCCCGUUCCAUGGCAAAAGCUCGCCAGAUCUCCCUCCUGAAGAUCGACAUCUUCAGGCUAGUGCUAUCCCAACUAUGCGACAGUCUUAUUUCCAUCUUUGAGGUCGUCGACAAGGAUGAAUGGCGCAAGUUGACGGGCGCCGAGAAGUGUGCCGCUGGAGUUUUUCACAAAAUCUUGGGUGACGACAUGAAAAUUCCAUACGAUGUGCUGCCCUCGCAUAACGAAGGUUGGAGGGACGGCUUGCAUUUUGCCAACGAAUUGACCGAAUGGGUCGUUCAGUACGAACAUGAAGUAGCCCGGCCCUCGGAAGCCACUGACCACUACGUGAGCGUCUACGUCGAUGCAGCCGUGUCUGCUCUGCCCGACUUCGUACGAAUCACUUUGCGAAAGACAUUGGCUGCUGAUAUGAACGAUAUCAUGGUGCAAAGUCUCAAUCUCGAGUCUCCUGGCACCAUUCUCUCAACAGCGCUUCUCGCUUACCGCAAUGUACGAAAGCUCUACCUUAGACACCUUUCUCCCCCUCGUCCAACAUCCUCCGCCGUCAGGCUGGUUGACGACGCUGCCAACCCUCAGAGCAAGCUCUACAAUUUUCAACGAAAGGUUCUGCAGCCGUGGUACAUGAAACCUACCUUUUGGUCCACGUGGGGACCUGCCGCAUUGCUGUUGCGGUCACUGGGCGCGGAAGCACCUGGCUCGCAGGGAGACCGAUACUAUCCUCAAGGAUAUGAUCUGAUGACGAUCGGACCAGAACCGCAGAAGGGAAAGGGAAUCGAGGAAAUGACUUCAGACAUCGAGACUGUCAAAGGCAGAGGAGUUGCGACUUGCCCAUUCUCACAUGCAAAGGCAGGAUACAUCUAG